UGGUCGCACUGUUAUGACAGCAUUUGAAGACACCAUCAAGAAUGAGAAAAUACCAACAAGCGACAAAGGAAUGGCACCCAGUUUGGUACCGUGGUCACGCUGUUCGUAGCCGGGUAUCUGACUGCAGGUCCAUGGGGUUGGCCCAGUAUCUUUUACAGCACUGGACUGUGUGGUGUGUUGUGGGCAGUGGCCUGGCUAUUUUUAGGUGCCAAUUCCCCGGACACCCAUCCUUCCAUCAGUGACAGCGAGCGGGAAUACAUCAAGGCAGCCUUUGUUAGCAGCUCAGAUCAAAGCAGUAUUGGUUGCAUACUACAACUCCGAACCCAUAGUGACUCUAAAGUGGAUAACCGACAACAACAAAUAAUGGCAAGAGGUUUGCCCAAGAAGAAACUUAUCCCAGGUGUAAAACAUAUAGUGCUCGUUGCGUCUGGAAAAGGAGGAGUUGGAAAAUCAACAACUGCUGUAAAUUUAGCAACAGCAUUGGCUGAAACUAAACCUUCAUUACAAGUUGGGUUGCUGGAUGCUGAUGUCUUUGGCCCAUCUGUUCCGCUUAUGAUGAAUUUAAGUGGAGAACCUCUACUUACAUCAGAAAAUUUGAUGGUACCUCUCGUCAACUAUGGCGUGAAAAGUAUGUCUAUGGGAUAUUUAGUCUCCCAAGAGUCAGCUGUGAUGUGGCGGGGUCUGAUGGUAAUGCAGGCCGUCAAUAAGUUAAUGUUUGAGGUGGACUGGGGCCCCACCGAUGUGCUUGUGGUGGACACUCCUCCAGGAACUGGUGAUACCCACCUCUCUCUUGUGCAGAACCUUGUUGUCUCAGGUGCUCUAGUGGUGACUACUCCACAACAGAUGGCACUGCAGGUUACAAGGAGGGGUGUCACUAUGUUCCGUAAGCUGGAAGUGCCUAUUAUUGGAGUUGUACAAAAUAUGGGGUCUGUCGUCUGCACAAACUGUAGUCAUAAAAAUGAAUUGUUUGGGCCUGAAAUAAAAAAAUUUGCUCAAGAUUUAGAUAUUGAAGUUGUGCAAGAUAUUCCACUCCAUCCAGACAUCUCUCACUGUGGUGAUGAAGGCAAGCCAGUUGUAGUCAGCCACCCUUCGAGCCCCAUAGCAUCCUCUUACAGAGACCUUGCUCAUAGAGUGAGACAUUUUUUAAAACUCGAAAGCAGUAUGGAAGAUAAAGUAUAAAUUGAAUACAUCUCUGAUUACCGCAAUAAAACAUUGUAACUUAGCUUUGUUGAGUAUAACAAAUACAUUUGAUAUUUUUAGAAA